AUGCUAAAUUUUACAUUGGAUCAAGAUCGAGCUAGCCUGUCUUGGCGAAGUCUACGUCGAAUGCGUGAUUCUAGCUCUUCACUUCUAUUUGCGCUUGGCUCUAUUGUUUUUGUAUCAGCCAUCUGCGGCAUGAUCUACGUUUUAUUUCUACGGAGAAGAGUGCGUCGCUCACCCGUGCGAGUACAAGAGAUUGAGUUGCAGUCAAAGCCGACUGUUUUGCUUCUGACUCCGGAUGAUUGCGAUGAGCACUCCAAAGUGGUUUUGUUGUUGAGCCGAUUUCUUGAACGUCAUGCUGGAGUCACUGUUCUUCUGGACUAUCGCGAAAUGGAUACCGCUGGUAUGUUAAGUCUACUUCAUAACUCGCUUUAUGCAUUUCUCUUAUAG